CACUAUUGGAAUAAAAGAAUCAAGGACAUAACUUAGCAGGCGUCUAUCAAAUUAGGGCUAUUCCUGUCUAUUACUGAACUUCAAACCCUGGGUUCACAUCUACACACAAUCUAGUUACACAUGUUCAAAUUAAUCUAAAAUUUGAGCAACUAAAUAUAGGGAUUUGGCGGAAAUCAAUCAAUCCGUAAAAAUUCGUAAUUUCUCUUUAUUUUCUGUGCGACAUGAGUUCUUCAGACGAUGAAACGGAAGCAUGCAGUGAAGGGAAGUCCGAUGUCAAGAUCAAUGCAAAAGCCUUCUUUGAUGUUUAUGGUCCAGAGGCUAGAGCAGAAGUUGUUUUUAAGCAGCCAGAAGCUAACUCAACCCUGAAUCUCCAUGAUGUCCAAGGACUUGCCACCUGGGUGCUUGCCGAAGGGUUCAUGCCUUCGUGGGUUUUUAUUAAAAACAAGCCCUUAAUUCCCAAAGUGGUCAUGCUUUAUGUCCCUGGCCUUGAUGCAGCACUCUAUUUGUCUCAGUCUAAAGUGCUAAAAACUUUCAAAGAAUGCUGUGGAAUUCCUAGAGCAGUUUUAGCGCUCAGCUGCGUAUCAGAUGGAAUGCAGACUGUGGAUGCACUUCUAACAUGCAAAUUAAAAAGAAAAAGGAAUGAAGCAGAACUCAUUCAAAAGAAAGCUGCCCGGACAUCUUAUCAGGAUAAUCAUGACUCUAUAUCAGAUAAGGAAUCUGCUGCUGAUUUAACAAAAAACUCGCCAUUCCCAAUUUCUUACUACACGCUUACUGCCAAAGAAUUGGAAGAUAAUGGCUACUGUUGUAAAAAUCCAGAAUUUAUCUCAACAAUUCCUGCUCCUUCAGGAACUCCAUUACAUGAGAUUUUGGCUCUGGACUGUGAGAUGUGCAUUACAAGUAAGGGAUUUGAGCUUACAAGAGUUACGCUGGUGGAUAUUACUGGACAGGUAUUGUUAGAUAAACUUGUUAAACCAGCAAAUGCCAUCACUGAUUACAACACAAGAUAUAGUGGGAUUACACAUGAGAUGCUGGAAGGUGUGAUCACAACCCUUAAAGAUGUGCAGGAAGAUUUUCUUCAACUGGUUCACAAGGAGACCAUCCUCGUUGGACAUUCCUUAGAAAAUGAUCUGUUGGCUUUGAAGAUCCGCCAUGAGUUGGUGAUUGAUACCGCUAUCUUAUAUAGGCAUCCACGAGGUCGAUCUUACAAACCAGCUUUGCGUGUUUUAACCAGGAGAUUUCUUUCCAGAGAGAUACAGGAUUCAGGAAAUGGACAUGAUAGUGUCGAAGAUGCAAGAGCUACGAUGGAGCUUGCAUUGCUAAAAAUUAGACAUGGGCCUUCUUUUGGCUUCCCUUCGGAAUUUGUGCGCAAGAAACUCCUCACAUUAUUUAGUGACUCUGGUAAAAGCUCAUCUUUGAUCGAUAGUGUGUCCAUAGUGAAGCGAUAUGCCUCUGAGACAUCUCAUGCUAUUCCAGUAUCCUCUGAUGAUGAAGCUCUUACGAAAGCCAGAAAAGAGGUAAAAAAUGAAAGGGUGCAUUUUAUUUGGACCCAGUUCACAGAAUUGUUCUCUUAUUUCAAGAAACAAGCAGAUGAUGAUGAGAACCUAAACAUGAAGUUAGCAGAGAUGAUUUCAUUGCUUACUUGUAGCAAGCCUACUGGUAGAAAAAGCAUUACAUACAAUGUAACCUCAGAACUAAAGAACAUUCUCAGUCGGAUUGAUAACAGAGUCAAAAACCUUUACUCCUGUCUACCGUCCAACGCUAUGCUCGUUAUUUGUACAGGCCAUGGAGACACUGCAAUUGUACAAAAAUUACGGAAAAUGCUUUCGGAGCAGAGAGAAACUGCACUCUGCCGAGAGAAGAUAGUGAAAGUGCUGGAAGAGCUGCAGGCGCAAGCUGAAGUAGGCUUGUGUUUUGUUGGCAUUAAACACUAAACAUAUGGUCCUGUGUCUUGCCUGCCUCCCUUCUCUCUAUGCUGUAAUAUAAUCAAAAAAAUUUAAGCGUAUACAAAUACCUCAUUCAGUUGGCAAGCUUAUGUAAUGGAGAUCUGAGAUUUGCAAAAGUUUGUUAGGCAAAUUUUGAUGUGGUAUUUGCCAAUGCUGGGCAUUUUCAGUUGCUGAUCGAUGUGGAAACAUUAAGUCCGUGAUUUCAUAUCAGUCUCUGUUAGACAGAUGGUUUAUGAACUUAAUGUCUACCAGACCUCUGGCCGCCAAUAGGAUUUCUGCCCCAAAAGUUGAUCUUGUUGAGAAAUCACAUAAGAGAAUACAUGCAGUUCA